AUGGCCACCUCCGUCCUCCAGCCCGAAGAUUGCCGAAGGGACCGCGAGCACAAACCGGAGUUUGCCGAGUCGCCGCGUCUGACAGAGGAUGAAAGGCUUCAGAUACUGGAGGCUAAAGAGCGGGAAACCGGUGAACUGCCGCCGGAGUUGAGGGAGAGGGCUCGAUUGGAACUUCGCGAGGAGCCAGCGCUUCGUGAGCAGGCCUUGAUGCAAAUGCGCCAUUUUAUAGAGAAACACCCGGCUAUUAGGAAAUGUCGCACCGAUGCACCAUUCCUCCUACGUUUCCUCCGGACGAAGAAGUACUCGAUACCCCAGGCGUGCUCUAUGCUCGAGCGGUAUCUGACCAUACGGCAAAUGUAUCCGAACUGGUUCCAAAAGUUGGACCCGUUGGAUCCAAAGGUGGCUGCCGUCAUAGACGCCGGAUACUUGGUCCCGCUGCCGAAGAGAGACGCGGAGGGCAGAAGGGUAGUGUUGUCCUGUAUGGGACGCUUCGACCCGCACCUUUACGACAACUGCGUGAUGGCGCGCGUCCACUCGAUGAUAGUGGAACUCCUACUGGACGAGCCACGGUCACAACUCCUCGGCUACACGCACGUGAAUGACGAAGCCGGCAUGCAGAUGCCCCACGUCAGUCUUUGGUCGCUAAGCGACGUCAGGAUAAUGCUCAAUUGUAUCCAAAAUUCCACUCCUAUGCGACACAAAUGCACACAUUUUGUGAACAUUCCACACUACGGAGUGAGAUUUUUUGAAUUCGCCGUGUCCCUACUCAGCGACAAGUUGAAGGACCGGGUUAUGUUCCAUCGUUCCUCAGAUGAUUUGACAAAGCACGUGGAUCCCGCCAUUUUGCCUAAAGAAUAUGGCGGCACCGUACCCUUAAAAGACAUGAUUGAAGAGCUAAAGAAAAAUCUUCUUAAGCGAAGAGAAGAAUUGUUGGCAUUAGACGAAAUGUGCGUCGACUUGUACGCUUUGGAGAAGAACGAUUUGACCCAAGACAUUCAUUCAACGGCCGGUUCUUUCAGAAAACUUGAGCUAGAU